AUGAAGAGAGAAGCCCCAAAUGUGGAAGGGUACACCACCCUCCCACUCCAACUUCCAUCAAUCUCGACCUUCCCCCAACCAGCUACUCACUACCUCUACAUUCGUCCUCACGAACCUCGCAUCCCAGACCCCGACUCCUCUCGCUCCCUCUUCAUCGUCAACACCCCCAUCGACACAACAGAAACCCACCUCCGUCACCUCUUCGGCAAACAACUGGCCGCCGGUCGGGUCUCAAGUGUCCAAUUCGAAGAUGUCCCCGCUAAGAAGACCCAUGUCGCCCCCGCAACAGAAAACAAUCUCUCCCACCGCAACAAGAAGCGCAAGCGUGUCACAGCCGACGACCUGCAGUCCCAGUUAGACGAGAUUACCCUCCCAUCAACCUGGGACCGCCAACUCCACAAGAGCGGCGCCCAUGCUAUCGUGAUCUUCGCCGAUCGCGCCAGCAUGGAAGCAAGCCUCAAAGCCGCCGCUAAGGCUGCCAGAAAGGGAACCACCAUUGUCUGGGGUGACGGUGUCUCUACAGACCGUGUCCCCGCUCUGGGUAUCCAGCGCUAUCUCUCUCACGAACGUCGCAGAUACCCUGCCCGCCGAGAACUGCUAACCGCCGUCAACGACUUCAUGACUAUCUUCGCGGAGGUUUCCGAGGCACGGAAGCGCGAGGAGUUGAAGAAGUUGACGGAGCCGGACGAGGAUGGAUUCGUUACUGUUACGCAUGGACCUAAGUUGAACUCUCUUGCUCGGGAGGAUGAGAUGAAGGAGUUGAUUGCGCGGGAGAAGAAGAAGAAGGAGGGAUUGGAGGACUUCUACCGGUUCCAGUCUAGAGAGAAGAGGAAGGAGAGGCAACAGGAGUUGCUUAAGAAGUUCGAUGAGGAUAAGAAGAAGUUGGCAGAUAUGAAGAUGCGGAAGGGCAAGAUUCGGCCCGAGUAA